GGAUCAUGGUAGCCCACGCCAGGAGGGAACCCAUGAGAAGCUUAGCAGCAGCCACGGCCCCACAGGGAGCGGCCUCCUGAAUCUGGUCUCAAGGGAGGCCACGGCUAGGAAAUGAAGGCUUCGUGCAGCAGGAGCAGGUGGACCGCCACCCAGCUCAGUCUUAGCCCUCAGAAAAUGCCUUCCAGAAGAAAUGCAUGUGGGCCAGCAAAGAGGAUGGGCGCUAGGGAGACAUGUUCCGCGUGGAAACGCCCAGAGGUGAGAGGGCAGAGCCAGGCCAGGGAGCUGCAGAAUCAGUUUGGCUGGAGCGGAGGAUGCAGGGUUAUGGGGGAGAGAAGAUCUCAAAGCAGGGGGGCACCGGGGAGACUGGCUACAGGGCCGGGGACGCCUCGGGGGGCGCCAGCGCUCGAAGGGAGACCGGAGGACGGAGGCAGUGCCUCGGACCACCUAGGUGGGUCCUGGCGGGGAGGAGGCCUGGGGCGCAGAGCGGGGCGUUUAGCAGCGGGGCGGGCGAGCGCGGAGCUGGGGGCCCAGGGUCUGCGGGGCGGCUCGUCCACCGCGAAGCGCCUGACCCCGGGAGCUCGGCGAAGGCCUCCUCCAGGUCCCAUUCCCUAAGGCGCCUUCCAGGCCCGGAGAAGAAGAAUGACAGCGCAGAGCGAGGAUGGUGCGGGCCCGGACGCCCCCGCCGCGAGUACGCACCUCCUUGGCGAUCACCGCGACGCACACCGCCAUCUUGGGAGGCCCGGCGCCGGGCACCGCGUCACGUGACCCGCGCCGGUCACGCGCCCCCCCCAAGCACCGCCCACACGCAGCUGGCUCAGGCCCCGCCCUGCCAGUCACGAGGCCGUCCAGGCCCCGCCUUCCGUCCGUCCGCAGGUUCAGACCCCGCCCCACGGGUCACGCGGCCGUCAGGGCCCCGCCCCCCGCCGCUCCGCGGGCUCUGGCCCCGCCCCUCCAAUCACGAGCCCGUCCAGGCCCCGCCCCGCAGUCCGGCCGGAAGCGCCGGCGGCCGCUCGCAGAGUCCGCUCGCCGGUGCGGGCUCCGCGGUCCGGUGUUGCCAUGGUGGCGGUUGUCGCGGCGACGAGGUGGUGGCGGAUGCUGCUUGUGCUGAGCGCCGCGGGGAUGGGGGCCUCGGGCGCCCCGCAGCCCCCCAACAUCCUGCUCCUGCUCAUGGACGACCCAGGGCGGCGCUGCUCACGGGACGGCUUCCCAUUCGCAACGGCUUCUACACCACCAACGCCCACGCCAGAAACGCCUACACACCGCAGGAGAUUGUGGGCGGCAUCCCAGACUCGGAGCAGCUGCUGCCAGAGCUUCUCAAGGAGGCCGGCUACGUCACCAAGAUCGUCGGCAAGUGGCAUCUGGGUCACAGGCCCCAGUUCCACCCGCUGAAGCAUGGAUUUGAUGAGUGGUUCGGGUCCCCCAACUGUCACUUUGGACCUUAUGACAACAAGGCCAGGCCCAACAUCCCUGUGUACAGAGACUGGGAGAUGGUCGGCAGAUAUUACGAAGAAUUUCCUAUUAAUCUGAAGACCGGGGAAGCCAACCUUACCCAGAUCUACCUGCAGGAAGCCCUGGACUUCAUUAAGAGACAGGCGCGGCGCCGCCCCUUCUUCCUCUACUGGGCUGUGGACGCCACACACGCGCCCGUCUAUGCCUCCAAACCCUUCCUGGGCACCAGUCGGCGAGGGCGGUACGGAGACGCCGUCCGGGAGAUGGACGACAGCAUUGGGAAGAUGCUUCAGCUUCUCCAGGACCUGCGCAUCGCGGACAGCACCUUCGUCUUCUUCACGUCGGACAAUGGCGCCGCCCUCAUUUCUGCUCCCGAGCAAGGUGGCAGCAAUGGCCCCUUUCUCUGUGGGAAGCAGACCACAUUUGAAGGAGGGAUGAGGGAGCCUGCCCUCGCAUGGUGGCCAGGACACAUCGCCGCAGGCCAGGUGAGCCACCAGCUGGGCAGCAUCACGGACCUCUUCACCACCAGCCUGGCCCUCGCAGGCCUGACACCGCCCAGCGACAGGGCCAUUGAUGGCCUCAACCUCCUGCCUGCCCUCCUGCAGGGCCGGCUGAUGGACAGGCCCGUCUUCUACUACCGUGGUGACACGCUGAUGGCAGCCACCCUCGGGCAGCACAAGGCUCACUUCUGGACCUGGACCAACUCCUGGGAGAACUUCAGGCAGGGCAUGGAUUUUUGCCCUGGGCAGAAUGUUUCGGGGGUCACGACUCACACCCUGGAAGACCACACGAAGCUGCCCCUGAUCUUCCACCUGGGACGGGACCCCGGGGAGAGGUUCCCCCUCAGCUUUGCCAGCACCGAGUACCAGGAGGCCCUCAGCAGGAUUGCCCAGGUCGUACAGCAGCACCAGGAGGCCUUGGUCCCUGGACAGCCCCAGCUCAACGUGUGCAACUGGGCAGUCAUGGCCAGCCUCAGGCAAGCCUCUCAGUGGCAUCUCUGGUGCAGAGGAGAAGGAUUCCGGCCACCUGGGCCCUGCUCCUGGGACAGCUGAGCAGCCUUUGAGAAAUGCAGACACCCCUUCCAGAUUGACACACACCCUGCGGCUGCCGCUACUACUUUUGGGGUUUGGGAGCAGCUUCCUCAUCCAAACCCAGUCCUGCUCUGCUGGCCAGAGGGGCAGGGACACUGACGUGGCAUUUCCCGCUGCUGCCCAGGGCCAGAGAGUGUCCUUAGCACUGUGUCUGAUUGUGCAGCACCCAGAAUCCAGUCUGUCGGAGAAAGUGCCCUCGGGGGCACGCUGCAUCUGAUGUGGCACACAGAUGUGCUGGACGGGGGUGCAGAACCAAGCUGCAGUCAUUUCAGCCAGGAAGCCUCCUCUUAGGGGCAUAAGUCUCCCUUUCUGUUGCCAGGAAAAGCGUGCUCCCACCAAGCGAGCCUCCCACUAAGCAAGGCCACGCUGUGAGGUCCACACACACACCCAGGGAAUGGAAGGGUCGGCUCUGCCCAGCACCGCUCUGAACCCAGCCCAGCAGCUCAGCGAGGACCAGCUCCUCCCUGGGAAAGGCUCUUGAGGCUCCUCCUGGGAGGACUGCCUGCCCAUUCUAACGCCACUGGCUACACUGAGGGCCUCAGCUACUUGGCAGUUGCAACCCCCACCCCUGGGACCUCCCUGCUAAGUUCUCUUCAGAGCUGAGAGGCCGAGUCAGGAGGGCCCCAUAUCCUGAGUUCCCAAGAUUCCUGGAGAGGCACCUGUGUAGCUGCGCAGCAGGAGCGAGGUGGUCCCCACACAGGCCAGCUGGAUGGACGUGGGGGUUGGCCUGGGCAGGGGACACAUCAAAACUGCUUGAGGCCGGGCGCAGUGGCUCACGCCUGUAAUCCCAGCACUUUGGGAGGCCAAGGCAGGUGAAUCACCUGAGGACAGGAGUUUGAGACCAGCCUUGCCAACAUGGGGAACCCUUGUCUCUACUAAAAAUAUAAAAAUAGUCCGGGCGUGGUGGGUCACACCAGUAAUCCCAGCACUUUGGGAAGCUGAGGCGGUUGGAUCUUAAGGUCAUGAGUUCAAGACCAGCCUGACCAACAUGGUGAAACCCCUUCUCUACUAAAAAUACAAAAAAAAAAAAAAAUAGCUGGGUGUGGUGGCACACACCUGUAAUCCCAGGUACCCGGGAGGCUGAGGGAGGAGAAUCGCUUGAACCCGGGAGGCGGAGGUUGUGGUGAGCUGAGAUCGCACCACUGCAUUCCAGCCUGGUGACAGAGUGAGACUCCAUUUUAAAAAAACAAAACCAAAAAUGGCCAGGUGCAGUGGCUCAUGGCUGUAAUCCCAGCACUUUGGGAGGCCAAGGUGGGUGGAUCACCUGAGGUCAGGAGUUCGAGACCAGCUUGGCCAGCAUGGUGAAACCCCAUCUCUACUGAACCUUUGUGGGCAUCUGUAACCCCAGCUACGCAGGAGGCUGAGGCAGGAGAAUCGCUUGAACCCAGAAGACAGGUUGCAGUGAGCCAAGAUUUCGCCACUACUCAACCCUGAGUGACAGACACUCUUAUCUCAAAACAGAAUUUUCUUAAAAAAAUGCUGGGCUGUUGUUGAGUCCACAGGAGCUUGAAAUAAUUGCAUGUUCUUUUUCUCAAUUUUCAUUUCCCAGAACUGGGCACCCCCGGGCUGUGAGAAGUUAGGGAAGUGUCUGACGCCUCCAGAAUCCAUUCCCAAGAAGUGCGUCUGGUCCCACUAGCUUGUGGGCCCAGGCCAGGCCUGGGAUCUCCGGCCGGGCCUGCACAUGCCUGGAGGGAGGACAGUUCUGGCCUCAGUGCUUCCCCAGCCCUGCCCCAAGCCAGAUGGAUGGCACCUGCAACCAGCAGGGGACUGCACAGCUCCACCUGCCCAGGACCUGGCCCUGGGGUGUACUCGGGCCUCCUCCGAUCUCAGGAGCCUGCCAUCUCAUGCCUCUGUGAACCCAAAUAUCUGAGACAGGUCCCAGUCGACUUAGAAAGUUUGUUUUGCGAAGGUUGAGAACAUGUGCCUGCCACACAUCCUCAGGAAGUUCUGACGACAUGUGCCUGAAGCUGGUUGGGUACAGUUUGCCUUUAUACAUGUUAGGGAGACAUAGAAGGUCAGUAUGUACAAGACAUACAUUAGUUGGGUCAGCCUUCCGCUGAAUACACAGUUGAGUGUGGCUUAGUGAGUCCAAAUUUUUACGUACACUAUGGGGCAGGGGAAGGAAUCAGGUAAGCAUUUGUCUUGGGAGCCCCAGAGGGGUGACUUCGAGUCCCAUCUGUCCUUUGUCCACAGGAAUUUCCUUGGGCACUAAUUGAGGAGGCAUGAAGUCUCUUACCACUGUAGCUGUCUUGUUUAGAAAUAAAGUGGAGGCGGGUUUGCCUGA